AUGGGUGAAGGAGAUCCUCCUCCUCCUCCUAAGUACAAGCCGUUCACAGAUUAUUACCUUCAUCCGAGUGAAGGUUCUCAGUUGGUGAUUUUUCCGGUGCUGCUUACUGUCCACAACUAUGAAGAGUGGUCGAGAUCGAUUCACAACAACCUUCGUUCCAAGAGCAAGCUCGGGUUUGUCGAUGGUUUUAUUGCCAAGCCCGAUGCUACACACGCGGAUUAUCGUCUGUGGGGUAUUGUUAAUUCUACUGUUGUUGCUUGGAUUUAUAAUACUCUUGAUAGCUUGUUGUCUAGUUAUGUGAAAUUGCCUGCUUGUACUUGUUUUGCUGCGACAGAAUAUGCUAAGUUGCAUGAAAAUGAGUUGUUGCAUCAGUUUUGUCUUGGUUUGGAUCCUAAGAAGUUUGGUUAUGUUGUUUCCAUUUUGUUGAUGAGUGAUCCUUUGCCUACUAUGAAUGUUGCUUAUGCUAAAGUUGUUGCUGAUGAGCGUAAGCAAUUGGUGUCUGAGGCACAUGAGACCUCUUCUUCUUCUAUGACUGUCGGUUUUAAUACAACAGGUUGGAUGCGAGGUGGUGUUGGUUGCGGUGGUGGGCUGUUGGCUUUGGUUACGGGGUGUGAUAGGGACCAUUGUUAUGAGCUACACAGCUUUCCAGGUGGAGGUCGUGGUGGUCAGUCGUCUGGUAAGGGCAAGGGUGAGUUUGCUGGUGCUGUUGGUAGCUCUCGAGUUGCUAAUGAGCAGGUCUCUGAUUCUGAUCAUGGGAGUGUUCCGACAAAUUCUGAUGCUCAAUGGAAGAAAAUCAUGACUGCGGUAAAGGGUGCUAAGUCUGGUUCCUCGUCGGACGGAAACAAACUUGAUUUAUAUGAUAUUUCUUCGCCUGUUGGUUUGCCCAACAGGAAGAGCACGACUGCUACUAAAGAAGGAAGACUUGUUUUGUCGGAUGGUUUAACUCUUGAUAAUGUUUUAUAUGUUCCUGCUCUUAAAUGUAACUUGUUAUAUGUGUCUCAAUUGUUAGAAAAACAAUGUUAUUUUAUUAUGUUCACUGACAAGCUAUGCAUUAUUCAGGACCGCAGUUUGAGGAACUUGAUUGGAGCGAAGGGGCAGUGUGAUGGGGUCUAUAUUUUUCGUCCGAUUCGUGCUCGGAAUCUACAGGCGAAUAAAGUGGUUAUUUCAGAUGCAAGUUUGUUAUGGCAUAGGCGUCUCUGGCAUCCAUCCAUGCAAGUUGUGAGCUCUCUUCCGACACUUUCUAGUAGUCGUAGUACUUAUAGUAGUUACUCUAGCUGUUCUUUUGAUUGUGAAAUUUGUUUUAUAGGGAAGCAUCCCUGA